GGCCGCGGCUUUUCUCGUUCCCCUCCCAGUUGGGACUGGAGAGAGCCGCACCCGGCGGCCCUUUUUUCUGCACUUUCACUGAGCCGACGGGGAAAGUUGCUUCCUCUCUCCUUCGCCUGCCUGCUAGCUCGCUCACGGCGCCUGACACAGGCCGCGGAGGGUUUCUCGACCACUUGACAGAAGCAGCUCGCGGGCCUCAAGAGGCGGGAGCCUCGCUUGUUUGACCCCGAGGUCGGCAGGGAAGUUCUUCCUUUGCCAGAGACAGCGCCUGUCUUCGCGGUGUAGCCAGGGCUCUGUGGCCGCGUAGUUUGGGGAAAAAACGGGAGGGAAAGCCGUCUUCCUAGGAGUGGCCGAAACUGGUCCGAAACUGAACAGCUGCACUACUGUUGACAUGGACUCAAUGGUGAAAAUGUAUCGAGACUUCAUGAAGGGAGCAGACCCACGGAUUGCCUCAUAUCCACUUAUGGGCUCACCUUGGCCCAUGACAGUCAUCUUGCUGAGUUAUACCUACUUUGUACUGUCAUUGGGGCCACGGAUCAUGGCCAACCGGAAGCCUCUGAACCUCAAGAAGUUUAUGAUUGUCUAUAACUUCUCCAUGGUAGCAUUGUCACUCUACUUAGUCUAUGAGUUUCUUAUGUCAGGCUGGUUGACUGGUUACACUUGGAGUUGUGACCCCGUGGACACAUCCCAGAGUUCCAUGGGCCUUCGGAUGGUCCGUGUAGCCUGGAUCUUCAUCUUCUCUAAGUACAUUGAACUGAUUGACACAGUGAUCUUUAUCCUAAGAAAGAAGAAUGAACAGGUGACCUUCCUGCAUGUAUUCCACCAUUCAGUGCUUCCCUGGAGCUGGUGGUGGGGUGUCAAGUUUGGCCCAGGAGGAAUGGGCUCAUUCCAUGCUAUGGUGAAUUGUAUAGUACAUGUGGUGAUGUACUUCUACUAUGGACUCUCAGCUCUAGGGCCUGCCUUCCAAAAGUACCUGUGGUGGAAGAAGCACAUUACUGCCAUUCAGCUGCUGCAGUUCGUGAUUGUUGCCCUCCACAUCACCCAGUACUACUUCAUGCCCACCUGCAAAUACCAGUUUCCAAUCUUCAUCCACCUCAUCUGGAUUUAUGGUGUUAUCUUUUUCAUCCUCUUCUCCAACUUCUGGUACCAGUCAUACACCAAAGGCAAGCGGCUGCCCAAGGUCACAACACAACCUCAGCAGAACGGCUUCCAUGAGAACGGUGCCAUUGCUAAUGGCAAAGCAAAAGCCAACUAGGAGGUGGGUGGGAUCGAGGUGACUUGGACCAACUGAACCCAUGUCUGGGCGCAUUAACAAGACCAAGUGCCUAGAGACUGUUGUCUUGCAGUUCCAAGCCACCUUCCCAACUGCCUUGUAUCCCUCAUUACCUGGCCUUCAGCUGUCCCAGGGGAGAGAGGCUGCUUGGGCUGUCGGUGCUGGUUCCAGCCUAGAGUCUCCAAAGUGCCUGUGUCUGCCCUGGGCUGGGCUCCCUCCAGCCCUGGACCAAAGCAGAACCCUGCUAGAUGGGGCAAAUCUUUCCAUUUAGUUCUAUAUAUUCCAUGUGAUCCAGGUGGGAAUUUUGUUCCUCUGCUCUCCCUAAGUUUGUGUUGCCCUCCGUUCACGCUUCUCUUUACCCCAUUGGUGCCCUGCCAUUCAUAUUUGAGUGUAAGUGGUCCCUCGUUGCUGAGAGUCUGAGUCCCCCAGAGAAAUCUAUUCCUGCUCUGUAAGCAGGUGGGGUGCUGUACGCCAAGGCUUUCAUUCCUGUUGCCUUGGCUAGCCUCAGUGUCCAUCCCUCCACAUAACUCUCCAGCUUUCAUUGCUCUGACCCCAGGACUUUAGCAAUAACUCUGGACUUUUGCUCCUCAUGGGUUGAUGACCACAGGCUCUUGCUGCACUGAAGCCCAGGGAGAAGAAAUAGAACCUUGUUGUCCAGCUUGCAUGCUGUUGCUCUGUGUGCCUUUUUUAUUAUCGGAUCUGCUCUAAGGAGCAGAGGCUCCCUGUAUUCUAAGCCUUGGGGAGGACUCAGGGGAGUUGCCUCCCUCCUACCUGAGUUUCUCACUUGUAUUCACAGAAAUAAAUGGACAGAAAGAGAAUAGCGAUUUUUGUUCUUGAUUUCAAGGCUUUAGACCUAUGGUUGGUCAGGCCUGGGUGAGAAGUACAAACAUUCCCAUGGGCCAUAAAUAGCUAUGUUAACUAUAAAAUAAAUGCUGUCAUUCAGUUCCAAUGAUGUGUUCCCCCUGCAGUGACCCGGCAUUUUAGUUGAGGUUCAUUUAAGGAGUGGGAGUAGCUGCAGAAUUAGGAUCAAAAUCCUGUGAAGCGUUGUAAUAAAGUGUUGACCACAUUCUGGCUUGCCUAGUGUCUAGUUGCAGAUUAAUUCUUUACUUCUGUGCCUCUGAGCAAGCUUUGCUUAAACCUCUGUGCAGCAUUUGUUUCCUAGGCUCCUGCCUUUCCUUCCUGCCAGUCCAGGCAGAAUGCUUAUUCUCCUCUAUCCUUAUAUGGAAUUUUUUAGGCCAGCUGCCUUCCUGACUUGCACUAGUUUGUUUUUGUCCAAGCUCUCAGCUGCUGGGCAAUAUCCUGUGCCUGAAGAAGCCCUGGUGCUAUUUCCGUGCAGUCUGGUUGGGUGUGACAAGUGGGACUGCUGUCAUUACUAUUUAUGGCACACACAAUAGGCCUGUGCUAGAAUAAAGUGCCCAAUAAUGCCAGAUCUUGGAUCUGGGCUGCAUCCUAUAGCUAGAAUGCUAAAUACAAGUAUUGGUAGAUAUGAUAAUGCAAGGCACUGUAGAAUACAUCUGUUGUUGGAAUAAAUCUUGCAGAGUGAUGUGAA